AUGCUGUUGUCUCCUAGCAUCAAUCUCGAUGACUUUGCCAUCUCAACAGAGCAUGGUUUCCUCCCGGACGGUCUUCCUCUGCCGCAACUCACCCAGCCCUACUUUGCCCCAUGGGAAGACCUCGCCAGCCAGCUCCCGCAUCUCAUCCAGACCGGACAGAUCCGCAGUCUCAUACACAGUCUCCCCAUCCUCUCCCCAUCACACCUCCGAACAGAACCAGAGUGGCGACGAGCAUACGUCGUCCUCGGUUUCCUCACGCACGCCUAUAUCUGGGGCGGCGAGAAACCCAAAGAUGUCUUACCACCAUGCAUUUCAAAACCCUUCCUUGAAAUCUCCUCCCACCUCGAACUGCCCGCCUGUGCAACAUACGCAGCCCUAACGCUCUGGAACUACAAAAGCUCCGAUCCAAAGUCCGAGCUCACAAACCCAGACACCAUCUCCCUCCUCACCUCCUUCACAGGAACAAGAGACGAAGAAUGGUUCAUUGUUAUCUCUGUCGCCAUCGAAGCCCGGGGAGCGAAGCUGGUACCCCUGAUGCUCGAUGCCAUCGCCGCGGCGAACGCGCACGACGCUCCGCGGCUUGCCGCUCUGCUGUGCAGAUUCACAGACGGCCUGCGCGAACUCAAUGCGAUCCUAAAACGCAUGUACGAGCACUGCGCCCCCGCAGUGUUUUUCCAUCAGCUCCGCCCGUUCCUUGCCGGCAGCAAGAAUAUGAGUACUGCCGGCCUGCCGGAUGGCGUGUUCUAUGAUGUUGGUGCUGGCCAUGGCGAGUGGCAUCAAUAUAGUGGAGGCAGUAAUGCACAGAGCUCGUUAAUCCAGACAUUUGAUAUCUUUCUGGGUGUGAAUCACUCUGCUACGGCGGAGAUGCGGCCCUCGGGAACGGGGUAUAUCCAGGAAAUGCGUAAAUACAUGCCCGCGCCACACAGACGCUUCCUCGAAACUCUAUCUGCGCUCUCCACCGUCCGAUCCUUCAUCAUGAGCUCACAUGCAGACUCCCCGGCAAAAGAGGCAUACAAUGCUGCGGUCCUGACGCUGAGCGCUUUCCGAGACACGCACAUCCAGAUCGUGUCCAGGUAUAUCAUUACUCCUGCUAGGAGUCGCGCGCCGGUUGAGCAAGCGAGAAGUAAUCGAGUAAAUCUCGCGUCGCCCAGUGCCGGGGCGCAGAAUGAGACGAAUCCGACGGGGUUGUAUGGGACUGGGGGAACUAGUUUGAUUCCUUUCCUGAAGCAGACGAGGGAUACUACUAAAGCGGCGACGUGUUAG